AAACAUCUUGCUCCUACAUUAAGAGAUGGAAAGUGGCAUAUUCCUCCAGCACUAUACACCUUGUCUAAGGCACAAAAGGAAAAAAGUGUGUAAGUUUUUAGAGAAUUUAAAGGUUCCCGAUGGAUAUUCUUCUAACAUUUCUAAAUGCAUAAACCUCGAUAAGCGUAAAAUUUAUGGUCUAAAGACCCAUGAUUGUCAUGUGCUUAUGGAACAACUAUUGCCACUUGCAAUUCGUGGGGUGUCCAUACCCAAAGUGUACGAUGUGAUAGUGAAGUUGAGUACAUUUUUCAAGGACUUGUGUUCAAAGACAUUGAAAGUGAAAGAUUUGGAAAAUCUUGAACGUGAAAUUAUAGUCACCUUGUGUGAAAUGGAGAAAAUAUUUCUUCCAUCUUUUUUCACCAUCAUGGUCCACUUGUGUCUUCACCUAGCUACGAAAGCUAAAAUUGGUGGACCAGUACAAUAUCGUUGGAUGUAUCCGAUAGAAAGGCUCUUACAUAGAUUUAAAUGCUAUGUUCGCAAUAAAAGUAGGUCAGAGGGUUCCAUCGCGGAAGGUUACAUCAUUGAGGAGUGCAUGUACUUUUGUUCAAAAUACUUGAAUGAAAUCGAGACAAAAUUUAAUCAACUUGAGAGGAAUGAUGAUGCGGAAAAUGAUGACUACAAGGGUCUAUCAAUUUUUGCAUCGUCUGGUGUUCCUUUAGGGAAGGCUAAAUGUAGGUCUCUUAGUGAAGAAGAGUUAACACAAGUUCGAGAAUAUGUACUUAAGAAUUGUGAUGAAGCACAAACUUAUUUAGAUGAAUAUGAAGAGUCCACAUCAAACACAAAUUUAGUUGAUUGGUUUCGUGACCGGGUAUUUUUUAAAAUCAAAUGUAGUUAUUUUUUAAUUACAAGUGUAGUACUAGUAUAAGUUUUAAUUAGCUAAUAUUCUAUU